CGUGCAGUUUCCUCAUGACCCAGCACCACGCGAUGCGAGGAGGGCUAGCACGUUCGUUCUUCGCCCCUGCCGCCAGAGCCGCCGCGCCCUGCUGUCCGUCGCCCCUGCUGCUCCGCCGCGCCUUGCCGUCCGUCCCCCCUGCUGCUGCGCGGCGUCCCCCCCUCCCCUCUCCCCUCCCGCCGCCCUCCAUUGCUGGCAAGGGGGGCAUCAGGAAGAGCUAGACAGAACUGGGGGGCUUCAGAGCAAGGCAAACGAAGAAAGGGGCAUAAGAUCCAAGAUAAUAAAGAUGGACGAGGUCACACAAGCCGUUGAAAACCUGAAAAGUGAAUGGAGCCAAGCAGUUGCACAGCUUGAGGUGUGCAUUGCUGCAAUUGAAUCCUGUGGGAAGAUGGGGAAAGGGACAGAAGAAGCAAUGUCUCUUCCUAGGUUGAACGGUUCUGCACAGGAUGCACUGCAAUUGCUGAAUGCACUGCAAUGCAGGCUUGAUCUUCUGGCAGAGCAGCUACCCACUUUUGAAGAAGUUCAGUCUGGACAGGCAACCUUAGGAUCAUGGAAGGAACAGUAUCAGCGGCUGCGUGCGACCCUGAGGAGUGCUAACUUACAAGCAAAAGUGAACAUUGGAAAAGCUGCUCAAGAAGAGAGGGAGCUUCUUCUGGGAGGCGGAGAAGAGUCCACUAUUCGGAGGCGUAAUCUCCAGACAAAGGCUGGGAUGACAUCCGCUGCAGAAAGUAUUACUGAGAGCCUCCGUAGGUCUCGGCAGUUGAUGGUUCAGGAAGCGGAAAGAAGUGCUAAUACCUUGUCAACUUUUGAUGAAUCGACAAGUGUUCUCCGAAUGGCUGAAGGUGAGUAUCAAGGGCACCGCUCUUUGCUGAUGUGCACCCGUGGUAUGCUCUCCACGAUGCAACGACAAGAUGUUCUCGAUAGGAUCAUCCUGACCAUUGGGUUCCUCGUGUUCUCCUUGGCGGUUCUCUAUGUUGUCUCAAGACGUAUUGGCCUGUUGACACUGCAAAGGAAGCUGGCUGAUGCUAUCAGAUCAGGCUCAGUAUCAGCUGGAGACAUCUUGGCUAAAGUGCAGGAGGGACCUGCCCCAACAAAUGCUCCUUAUGAUGAACUGUGAUUUUACUUCCAUCCAUUGUUUAUACAUGAGCUUACAUCCAGAGGCAAGCUUACCUUUCAGAGUUCUUAUUUCUUAUUAGUACAUGUUGUCUAAAGUAACGUUUGCCCAAAAAGGCUAUACUGGUGCAUUAACCUGCUGUUAGACUUGAGUUGAAAUCGGAGUAUGCUUUAUGUUGCUUC